UUUUCAUUGCUUAAGAAGUAAAAUAAAUGAUCCAAAUGAAAUUCGUUUUACUGCUUUGUUCAUUAGUUGCUUUCGUGACAGCUGACGUUAGCCACUUAAGCAAUGAGUAUCUUCCACCCAAUCAUGCAGCUGCCUCCGCUCCAUCCGCAAGUUAUAGUGCCCCAGCUCCUAGUUAUAGUUUUGCUGCUUCUGCCCCAGGUCCAUCUUACAGUGCUCCUGCGCCAAGCUACGAGCCAGCACCAUCUUAUAUUGUUCCCGAUGUAUCCUAUGGAGAACCAGAAUAUGCUGCCUCAGAACCAGCUCCAGCUCAUAGUUUCUCCUCAUCGGAUGGUUAUCGUUACAAAACUCAAAGACGUGUAGUAUAUCGUCACCGUCAGCGUCGUGGCGCUCCUUCAAGCGAAUACUUGCCUCCAGCAGCAUCGUCACCAUCGGUUGAGUACUUACCACCUGCAGCAUCUGCUCCAGCACCUUCUUAUUCUGCAGCUCCGUCAUACGAGUCGGAAUCCUACACACCCGCUGCAUCUUAUCAGACAGAAUCGUACGCCGAGCCAUCAUAUGCUGAGUCUGCUCCUGGGCAUAGUUUCUCUUCUAAUGAUGGCUACCGAUACAAAACUGCUCGCCGUCGUGUAUAUCGUCGCCGUCGUUAUUAAUCAGUUCCAAAAGCUUACAAUGAAUAUUUUUUGUUGUAGCCAAUUGAUUUUUGUAACGCAUAGUAACUUGUCGAAUAAAUAUUCAUAACAGUUAUAUGAUCAGAAUCAGUA